CGCGAGGCGCGGGAGCCGGGCGGGCGGCCAUGGCGCGGCGCGCCGGGAGGUAGCCGCGAGGCACGCGGGGAGCGCGGGGGCCGCCAUGGCCCGGCGGCGGCGCCGCGCCUGCAUCGCGCUCUUCUUGGUGCUGCUCUUCGCCUUCGGCACCCUCAUGGGCCUGCGCACGCUCAAGGCUCCGGACGGACUCCCGGCGCUGGGCCCGGGCCUGGAGCUGGCGCCCUUUGAGCGGCGCCCGGAGGGGGCCCCCGCGCCCGCCGCCCGGGCCCCGGCCGCCCCCGCCGCGCCGCCGCCGCCGCCGCCGCCGCCCCGCACCGCGGGCCCGGGCGGCUCCCCGGGGCCGGCCCCCGAGGAGGCCGAGCCCGCCGCCGGGCAGCGUCUGCGCGUCUACUCGGACCUGCACGCCUUCUACUACUCGUGGUACGGGAGCCCGCGGCGCGAGGGCCACUACAUUCACUGGGACCACGUCAUGGUGCCGCACUGGGACCCCAAGAUCUCGGCCAGCUACCCCCGCGGCCGCCACAGCCCCCCCGACGACUUGGGCUCCAGCUUCUACCCGGAGCUGGGGCCCUACAGCUCCCGGGACCCCGACGUGCUGCGGGAGCACAUGACCCAGCUGAAGGAAGCCGCCAUCGGCGUCCUGGUCCUGUCCUGGUACCCACCGGGCAUGGCUGAUGAUAAUGGGGAGCCCUCAGAUGACCUGGUGCCUGCCAUCCUGGACACCGCCCAUCAGUACAACAUCCAGGUGGCCUUCCACAUCCAACCCUACAAGGGCCGAGAUGACAUCACUCUGCAUGACAACAUCAAGUACAUCAUUGACACGUACGGCUCCCACAGUGCAUUUUACCGCUAUAAGAACAGCAUGGGUAAGAGCCUCCCACUCUUUUAUAUCUACGACUCCUACCUGACAUCCCCUGAGGCCUGGGCCCACCUCCUGACACCAAAUGGGCCCCACUCAAUCCGCAACACCCCCUAUGAUGGGGUCUUCAUAGCACUGCUGGUGGAGGAGGGUCACACCCAUGAUAUCCUGGCUGCCGGAUUUGAUGGCAUGUACACCUACUUUGCCUCCAACGGUUUCUCCUUCGGCUCCUCCCAUCAGAACUGGAAAGCUGUGAAGAACUUUUGCGAUGCCAACAACCUCAUGUUCAUUCCCAGCGUGGGGCCUGGCUACAUCGACACCAGCAUUCGGCCCUGGAACAACCACAAUACGCGGAACAGGGUCAACGGCAAGUACUAUGAGACGGCCCUGCAGGCAGCCCUGACCGUGAGGCCCGAGAUCGUCUCCAUCACCUCUUUCAAUGAGUGGCACGAGGGUACCCAGAUUGAGAAGGCCAUUCCCAAGAAGACGCCAACUCGGCUAUAUCUGGACUACCUGCCUCAUCAGCCCAGCCUGUACCUGGAGCUGACACGCCGCUGGGCCGAGCACUUCAUCAAAGAGAAGGAGCAGUGGCUGAUGUGAGGGGCCUGCAGGCGGGGGCAGGAGGCACUGACGUCCCAGCCUCACUGGAAGACGUCACCACGGGAGGGCUUGGCUGAGGUUGUAGGCACUCACUCCCAAGUCAGCGGCUGGGUGCUUCUGGGCCCAUCACGUCAGGGCACACGGAAAACAGAGCUAGUUUCUCAGGCAGGUGGGUGCCGGGGUGCCCUGCAGGAACAGGGAACUAGGCAGUGUUCCAGAGAGGGAACCCCAGGGGCUGGCAGGUGACUGGACUUAGCCCAAGGCAGCUCCACAUCCUCAGUCAGAACACUUUAAAAUAAUCCCUUCUAGCUUGGAACUCAGCUGGUUGGUGUUGUGGAGUCACCAAGUCACUGCUCUCAGAAGGGUGUCAGGGCUCUGGGCUAGCAUGCACCCCGCUCUCUGCCAGCCUGUGUCCUCUCCAGGCCUCCUUCCCACAUGGUCUGUCUUCCCCAAGUUAGGAACAAUAUUUAAGACUUCCUAAAAGGGAAAUUCUCGGUUUAAGCUCUUCCCAGUAGAUUCCCGAACCCAGUUAUCAGGAAAUAAUCCUGAGCAUUCACACAUUCAUUCAACACGUACGCAGCGAGCACCUUACCAUGUGCCAAGUGUGGGGGGAAACGACCAGGAGCAGCUCCCGUCUUCCUGAGCUCACAGGAGCCAGCUCUCAUUUAGUGUGGCCUUGUAGCUAGUGCUUAAGCACAGCUAUAAGUUUUUCCUUUCUGCAGUUUUGCCCAGUACUGGGAGUACAGUUCUUUCUCCUCGAAGAAAAUACCUCUGCGCUCCAGAGCCUCCGUUUUCCUAGAUGAAUACUUAGCUCCAAGGAGAGGACUAGGAAACCCCCCUCCCUUCAGCUGCCUGAAUUAAAUGAGGCCCACUCUCUAGAGCCGUUUUCAGUGCUACUGUGAUUUGUAUUAAAUAUGACGUGUUGUUCCUAU